AUGCGAACCACGGCUACCUUGUCUGCCAUCCUGGCCGCUUCUGCCUUCACUCGGGCCCAAAGCAUUGCUACCGAGCCCCAGGUCACCUCUACUGCUGUUGUCCUGCCGCCUCUGUCCACCGGCAACACCAUCUCCCACGGCAACGAGACCACGGGCACGGGCACCAUUGAGUGCUCAGCCAUUCCCUUCUCAAACACUUCAACUGUUUCGGCACCACCAGUUCCUUCGACCAACUCCAGCGGCAUCCUGCCUCCUGGCACUGGCACCGGCGGCUCUGGACUUCCGCCUCUCCCGACUUCGUCCACACCCGCCGGCCCAACCGCCGGCCCAACCUCCGGUGCUACCUUGGCUACUACACAAAACUCGUGGUUGGCCGCGGGCAUUGCCGUCUUCGUGGCUUCGCUGGUGCUGUGA